UCAAAAUUUAGCAGACCAUUAGAUUAAAAUUACUUAAGAAUUUGCAUUGUUGGAUAUUAAUAUUUUCUAAAUGGAGGCUAAAAAUGAAAUUAUAACUAUCAUUGGAAGCGGUAUAAUAGGCAAAUCUUUUGCUUGGAUAUUUGCCUUAAAUGGAUAUACAAUUCAUAUUUUUGACGUUGAUCAAUCCCAACUCCAAAAAUGCAUUGAUAGUAUCAAACAAGAUCUAAAGGAUAUUGGAGAAAAAUGCACUGACACUAUUAGACAAGAUUUAAAUGUUAUUGUAAAUGAUAUGUAUAUUGAAAAGAUAAUAGGAAGAGUGUUUGCUUUCACUGAUUUAGCAAAAGCUGUUAACAAUGCCUUUUUAAUUCAGGAAUGCGUGCCAGAAAAUUUGGAGCUAAAACGCAAAGUGUACAAAGAGGUUGAUGGUCUAAUGACUGUCAAGCAAAUUUUAUCCUCUUCAACUAGCAGUCUAUUGCCAUCUAUUCUCUCGAAGGAUCUUAAACACAAGAAAAGAUUUAUUGUGUGCCACCCGGUGAACCCCGUGGAUAUUGUGCCCAUAGUAGAAAUCGUACCAGCACCCUGGACUGACCUCGAUGUUAUAAAAACAAUGAAAGAUCUUUUGAGUGGCAUGGGAAAACAACCCAUAGUCUUAAUCAAGGAAGUUCCUGGAUUCAUAGUCAAUCGACUUCAAUACGCCAUCUUGAAUGAGAGCUAUAAUCUCGUUAAUCGCGGAAUCGUGUCAGUUCAAGAUGUUGAUAAAGUAAUGUCGGAGGGAUUAUCCCUGAGAUGGGCUUUCUUGGGGCCUUUUCAAAUCGCUUCCCUCAACGCUAACGGCUGGAAUGAUUAUUGCGAUAAAUAUAGCAAAAUGAUCAAAGAGGUUAGUGAUACGUUUGAUCCACCUCAGUUAUACGAAGGGAAAACCUCUGAUAGUAUUUUUCAACAGUUGCAAGCGAUUAUACCAAUAGGAAAAUUGAAUCAAGCAAGAGAAAAAUUGGCGAAUCAAAUGAGAACUUUAUUAAAGUUAAAAAAACAAAAUUAAUAAAAAGAGGAUAUAACAACUAAGAAGAAAAUUUAAUUUUAUGCCCAACUAGUAUAAUUUUUAUUAAAUAAAUAUAAUUAUUUAUUCUCAACCCACGUGUUAAUUUAUUUGUUUUAU